AUGUCGACCAACGCGGCAGCAAAGGCCGUGGAGGCCCUGACAAUCUCCAAGACCAAGGAAUUGAAAGGAACAGAGAAGCGCGAUUCCCUGAUCGUCGUCGAGAAGAAGUAUCAGCAAAAAUGGCGAGAGGACCGGGUUUUCGAGACGAAUGCCCCAACGACUACCGAAGUGCCCUUCCACUCCAUCUCGCCCGCCGAGCUGCGAGAGAAGCAGCCCAAGUUCUUCGGUACUAUGGCCUAUCCCUACAUGAACGGUACCCUCCACGCCGGCCACACCUUCUCGGCUACCAAGGUCGAGUUUGCCGCGGGCACGGCUAGAAUGCAGGGCAAGCGGGCGCUGUUCCCCAUGGGCUUCCACUGCACCGGUAUGCCUAUCAAGGCCUGUGCGGAUAAGCUGGUCAACGAGAUCAAGUUGUUCGGCGAGGACUUCUCCGAAUACAAGGCGGAGGAUGAGCCCGUUGUUGAGGAGGCGCCCAAGCCUGCUGUCAAGCAGGCCAAGGAAGAUGUCACCAAGUUCACGACCAACAAGAGCAAGGCCAACGCGAAGACGGUCAAGAUGAAGUACCAGUUCCAGAUUAUGCAGGCCAUUGGAAUCCCCACCGAAGAGAUCCACAAGUUUGCCGAUUCCCAGUACUGGUUGAAGUACUUCCCUCCCCUGGCCAUCAGGGAUCUGACAAGCUUCGGUGCGAGAAUCGAUUGGCGACGAUCAUUCAUUACAACCGAUGCCAACCCUUACUACGAUGCCUUCAUCCGCUGGCAGAUGAACCGACUGAAGGAGCUGAACAAGAUCAAGUUUGGCAAGCGAUAUACCAUCUACUCUAUCAAGGAUGGCCAGCCCUGCAUGGACCACGAUCGUUCCGAAGGAGAGGCAGUCAACCCUCAAGAGUACACUGCCUUGAAGCUCAAGGUCCUGGAGUGGAAUCCCAAGGCUGCUGAGGCCCUCAAGGGGAAGAUCCCCGAGGGCGCCAAUGUCUUCCUGGUCCCUGCCACCCUGAGACCAGAGACCAUGUACGGACAGACGUGCUGUUUUAUCGGCCCCAAGUUGACCUACGGCCUGUUCAAGGUUGAUGAGAACAAUUACUUUGUCAUCACCGAGCGAGCUGCUCGCAACAUGGCUUACCAGGGCAUCUUUGCCAAGGAGGGCUCCAUCGAGAAGGCUGCUGAGAUUUUGGGCGCCGACAUUGUUGGAACCUUGGUCAACGCCCCUCUAUCUCUGCACACGGAGGGUGUCCGAGUCUUGCCCAUGGAGACUGUCCUGCCCACUAAGGGUACCGGUGUCGUCACCUCUGUCCCAUCAGACAGCCCCGACGAUUACGCUACCUUGAUUGAAUUGACCAAGAAGCCUUGGUACUACGGAAUCCAGAAGGAGUGGGCAGAGCUGGAGAUCCAUCCCAUCAUCGAGACCCCGUCUUAUGGCGACCUGUGCGCACCUUUCCUGGUGAAGAAGCUAAAGGUUGGGUCGCCCAAGGACACCAAGCAGCUGGAGGAGGCCAAGGAGCUGGCUUACAAGGAAGGAUUCUAUCAGGGUAUCCUAAAGGUUGGCGAUUUCAAGGGCGAGAAGGUCGAGAUUGCCAAGCCCAAGGUCAGGGCUCAGUUGAUUGAGGCCGGCUUGGCCUUUGCCUACUCGGAGCCCGAGCGCAAGGUCGUCAGCCGAUCCGGCGAUGACUGCAUCGUCUCGCUGAUGGACCAAUGGUACUUGGACUACGGUGAGCCCUCUUGGAGGGACACUGCCCUGAAGUGGGUUGACAAUGCCGACGGAAAGGGCCUGGAGACCUGGGCUCCCGAGACCAAGAAUGGCUUUGAGGGUGUGCUGAACUGGCUGAACCAGUGGGCUUGUGCUCGAUCAUUUGGUCUGGGAUCAAAGCUGCCUUGGGACCCUCAGUUCCUGGUUGAGAGUCUGAGUGACUCUACCAUCUACAUGGCUUACUACACUGUUGCUCACUACCUGCACAAGGACCUGUUCGGCCGCACCAAGGGCCUUGGCAACAUCGGCGCUGAGCAGAUGACUGACGAGGUUUGGGACUCAAUCUUCUGCCGCCGCGACCUGUCGGACGAGGUGGUUGCCAGCUCCGGCAUCCCUCGCGAGACCCUGGAGAGCAUGCGACGAGAGUUUGAAUACUUUUACCCUCUGGACCUGCGAAGCUCCGGCAAGGAUCUGAUCCCUAACCACUUGACCUUCUUCCUGUACAUCCACCUGGCCAUCUUCCCGCCCGAGUACUGGCCUCGCGGUGUCCGAGCCAACGGCCACUUGAUGCUGAACGGUGAAAAGAUGGCCAAGAGCACUGGCAACUUCAUGACCCUGAAGGACAUGGUGGAGAAGUACGGUGCCGAUGCCUCUCGUAUCGCUCUGGCCGAUGCCGGUGAUGGUGUCAACGAUGCCAACUUCGAGGAAGAUGUUGCCGACAACAACAUUCUGCGUCUGUUCACUCUGCGUGAGUGGUGUGAGGAGAUGGUCAAGGAGCAGAACGAGCUGCGUACCGGCGAGAUCAACAACUUCCAGGACGGCCUGUUCAACAACGAGCUGAACGCCUGCGCCAAGGAGGCCAUCGAGCAGUACGGGCUGACCAACUACAAGCUGGCCCUAAAGGCCGCUCUGUACGAAUUGACCAGUGCCCGUGACUUCUACCGCGAGGCUUGCACGGCUGGCGGCAUCAAGAUGCACAAGGACUUGGUCUUUAGAUACAUUGAACUGCAGGCCCUGUUGAUGGCCGUCAUCGCCCCUCACUGGUCCGAGUACAUUUGGCUGGAGGUCCUGAAGAAGGACUCCACCAUCCACAAUGCCAAGUUCCCUGAGGUGCCCGCAGUCGAUGCCGCCUUGUCAGCCAAGCGCGAGUACGUCCGAAACACGGCUUCCAACAUCAACUCCGCCGAGGGCCAGCAGCUGAAGAAGAAGGCCAAGGGCAAGGAGCUGGCGUUUGACCCCAAGAAGCCCAAGAAGCUGACCAUCUUCGUGGCGGCCAAGUUCCCUGCCUGGCAGGCCAAGUACAUUGACCUGCUGAAGGAGCUGUGGGAUCCCGCGGCCAAGUCUGUCGACGACAAGGCUCUCAACGGCCGCAUCGGCAAGCUGGGCGAGAUGAAGAAGGCUAUGCCUUUUGUCCAGAGCCUGAAGAAGCGCCUGCAGGCCGGCGAGCCUGCCACCGUCGUCUUGGAGCAGAAGCUGGCGUUUGACGAGAAGGAGACGCUGAGCCAGAUGCAGGCCGGCCUGAAGCGAACUUCGGGCCUGUCGGUCCUCGAUGUCCUGGUGGUUGAGGAGGGCGGCAAGAAGGGCGUUCAGUUGUCAGACGGUAAGGAGGUGGAGAUAUCCGUGCCCGUUGCCGAUCAUGCGGUCCCUGGCCAGCCCACGUUCUUCUUCGAGAACGUCGAGGCUUGA